GCCUUAAAUCCGAAGCAGACCGGAGCCAGAGCUUAUCGUCCACGUCAGGCUGGGGAUUCGUCAGCUGCAUUCCCCCCUCCCCCCAUGACGUCAGCCUGUUCACAUACCCUAAUAUACAUUUUAGCUGUAAUACUUAUAUCUAUAAUAUCUGCAGCAGAGCAGCACUGUAGGUACAGCAAGAGCCGAGUUACGAGUACGGAGUACCUACUACAGUGUGUCCAUGUCCGAGCCGAUGCUGCCGCCGAGGUAAAAAGGUACAGCAGAGCUGCGAGAGUGUAUAAGGUACUUUUACUUAAUACUUAUACACGACGGCGGCGCGACGAUUGGAUUAUUUACUAUUCUGCGCCGUCACGUCACGGGACCCUAGGCGGCCGCACUCGCGCGAUUUGCCUAUUUUGUACCAGCUAUAUGUGAGAGCGCGGGUCAAGUAGCAGCAGCAGCAGCAGUAGCGACGAGGAAGAGGCGAGCUGCCGUAGACGACGCGAUGGACAGCAACAAGGACGAGGCCGAGCGAUGCACCGAGCUGGCCGAGCGCUACGUGCGGGAGAAGAGGUUCGAUGACGCGGAGAAGUUCCUCAGGAAGGCCCAGCGGCUCUACCCCACGAAAAAGGCCGAGGAUUUGUUGACAACGGUAACAUUACUGUCCAAACAAAGUCAAAAGUCAGAACCUGAACCAGAAGUCAGAAAAAGGCCAAAUGCAGCCAAAAGUAAUGGUCCGCAUGUUCAAACUACAAUCGAAUAUUCUGAAGAGCAAAUAGAGCAUGUGAGAAGAAUAAAGAAGUGCAAAGACUACUACGAAAUUUUGGGAAUAACCAAAGAAGCGACUGAUAGUGAUAUUAAGAAAGCGUAUAAAAAAUUAGCUCUUCAAUUGCAUCCUGACAAAAACAAAGCACCAGGUGCUGCGGAAGCAUUUAAAGCUAUUGGAAAUGCAGUUGCUGUUCUCACAGAUACUGAAAAAAGAAAACAGUAUGAUCUGUAUGGCUCAGAUGAGGACAGAAUUAGCAGUAGUAGGACAACGCAUACUCAUUAUAAUUACACUCGUGGCUUUGAAGCCGAUAUUACUGCUGAGGAAUUGUUCAACAUGUUCUUUGGUGGAUUUCCACAACAAGAAUUUUAUAUGCGUAGGGGUGGUGGCAGGUGGAUGAGACAAAAUGAAGCACAAGCACAACAUGCUCACUCACAACAAGCAAACGGCUAUACUACAUUCCUGCAAAUGUUGCCUGUACUAUUACUAAUAGUUUUGACAAUGAUGAGCAGUUUUUUCAUCUCUGAUCCUAUUUAUAGUUUGCAUCAUAGUUCUAAAUAUUCGGUACACAGAGUAACUCAAAAUCUCAAAGUACCAUACUAUGUAAAAGAGAACUUUCAUACGGAGUACGAAGGCAACUUGAGAAGGCUUGAACAUUCAGUUGAAGAAGAGUAUAUGAAUUUCCUACGGCAUUCGUGUUAUAGAGAGAGAAAUUAUCGGGAAUCAAUGAUGUGGAAAGCAAGAAGUUUCGGUGAUCAAGAGCAAUUCCAGAGAGCGAGAAACAUAGAAACGCCAUCUUGUAAAAAACUUCAAGAAAUGCAAGCGUAGUUAAUCGUCUCGAUUUAAAAGUGAAUUUUCAAUUACGGCUUGCAAUUCUAGGCAAAUUUAAAUUUCAUUAAUAUGUGUGCAUAUGAUUAUGAAAAAUUAGGCUUGAUGCAUUGAUGCAUCUAGCAAUUAUAUUUCGCAUAAUUUUACCUAAAAGCACGGUUUGGUUUAUCUGUAUCAUAAAGGAUAUUGUAAAACUUAUAUUAGUUUGAAGCUGUUGUGUUAAAAACCAUUUUGUAUUAUAGUCUUGCCUUAAGAGAAAAAAAAACAAUUUCUAGAAAAUGCAAUAACGGAAAUGAAACUUUUCUUUAUUUAAACUAUCUUUAAAAAAAAUGGUACAAUUAUGAAAAUAAAAACAAUAUAAGUUGAAACACUGCUUUUAAGCAAAAGAAAAUUAAAGUUAUUAUAUUUAAUCAAAUUUUUUUCAAUCAUUGUAUUAUGAUUGAUAAUGGUGUUAUAUGAAGCACUAUACAAAGGUUCACAAAGUAAUAAAUUAAUAACAAUUUUGUAGCUUGAUGCAAAUGAACAAACAUUGUAGUCAUUGAUAAAAUGAUUUUGUACAUACAGCACUUUUUAACAUAUUUUAAUAUAUUUGAUUUCUUUUAUUUAUUUAAAUGAGCUAUUAUAUUGUUUAAAUAGAAUGUAUUGUUGUUUGUUAAACAAAAAUUAAACUUAUGAAAUUUAAUUGUGUAUGUAUUAUUGAAACUGUACCUAUAACUAUACGUAAAAGUGAGUUCUCUUUGGAUUUUGGUUUUUAAAGAAUUAAUUUUUACUUACAAAAAAUAUAAAAUUUAUUCUCAUUUCAAUAGAGGAUAUAACAUAGAAUAAAUUAUAUACAAAAUGUUAUAUAAAAUUAAAAUACUAUUU